CAUCGUGUCGGUAGACACAUCAUCAUCCAUCACGCGUCCAUGUCGUUUCACGAUUCGCAGCAGCGUGUGGUUCGCAGCCCCCUCCUUUCUCCAUCUGCUCGGUCGACGUCACAACAUUCCCGAAGCCGCUGGAUGUGGAUCGCUGGAGGCGUGUUUGUGACUGCCAACGUGCUGGUGUUGGGCAGCAUCGCCGUCGUGGGUAAGUCCGUGACCGAUUCGUUGGCGGCCAUCAAGGCCGUGGAAGCCCGCCAAGCCAGCCAAGUGCGGUCCGUGGCCAACCGCCUCCCGUCCAAGUUUGCCGUGCAAUUCGUCACCCCACGACAAGACCAAUCUUCGCGCGGCACCUGCUGGGACUUUGCCACGAUCGCGCUGCUCGAGUGGUCGUAUCGAGCCAACGGUGUGCAACACGGGUGGCUCCAACCCGACGAGUACGUGGCGCUGUCCGAACAGGCCUAUGGCAUUGAAGUCAUGCGACUGUGCACGGGCCCUGAAGACUCCCCCCAGCAACUCGCUUGUCGCGUUUAUGGCGACAACGUUUGGAAUAACACGACCGAGGGCGGCGAAGCGUAUGACUUGUACUACCUUCGCGAUGGCCUCAAGAACUCGGUGCUGCCCACGGCAGUGUGUCCUUACUUUAAGCACGGUCACGAGCACGAGUGCCCUGGGUUGAGUGCUGCACUGGAUCAAAAUCCCAUUCAAUUCAACGUUACGGGAAUGUCAACGUACUACGACGACCCGACGAUCAAGUUGCAGUUGUUUGUUCAAAACAAAGCCAUGGCCCUGGCCACCCCCAUGGCUAGUGUGUCACACUACUACCCGUGCAUCGGACCGUUCCUGAGCGAUCCGCACUGCCAAAAGGACAAGGACACGUGUACGCUGUGUCCGUCUGACCUGUCGCAGACGACGUGCUGCGUGCCAUCCCAUGGCGGUCGCAACCCCAACAUGGAAGGAGAGUUCUUUGCCCACAGUCGGAUGGCGUAUGCCGGAGCCCAUGUUAUGCACCUCGUGGGGUACAACGAUGCGUUCCGCAACCAUGAAGGGGAAGUGGGGGGGUUUAUCCUGAAAAACUCGUGGGCUGAUUCCCAAACGCGGGGCAGUCACUCCUUGAAGUGGUGGCUCCAGGAAAUCUCCGACUGGGAAGAGCGCACGAUCUGCCCCAACAGCUACAACCCCACCAACUGGUACGCUUGCGGCGGCACGGACAACAAUGCCGACUUGGUGUCGCCCACCAACGCCACGGCCACAGUCGUGUAUAACAAGGGUAUUGAGGACUGUCUCACCGACACCACGCGGAUGUUUGCCAAGACCAACGUCCAGACCCUCGACUUGAAGUGCUCGGAUGCGACACAGUGCAAAGUCAGCGACGACGUAACCUACUACGUCCGCAACACGACCGACUGGGGCGACCGCAUGACCCUCAUGUGUGUGUGGGAGCACGACGCCAAGACCGGCUCGGCACGCGACUUUUGCUUGAUUCCAAUGCUCGAGCAAAACUUGGCCGCGACGUUCAAGCCCAAAGUGGCGUUGGCCAACGACGUUGAUCGAUGUGGUUUCUACUUCUUUUCGUAUGAAGCUGCUCGCCAGUACUUGGCUCGAUUCGGUCAAUUUUUCGUCAACAGCUUUGACAUUGAGUGGCAUCCCAGCUCGUACGUGGCCAACGCCGACAAGUUCCCGUCGCGUAACUACACUUUGCUGCGACAGUCGACCUUCCGCCAGAACACGGACGACUUUGACGGGCCUCACCCGUACGCCAAAGUCAUACCGCGUACCGUAACUUAGAGAACCGAAUCAUGGAAACUCCAAGCAUGCAUAUUGAAAGCAAUGGGCAAAUGAAUACUGUAUUCUCGUACAACUCGUAAUGAUAUAUAACCACCUACAGUUAUACGAA